CCGCCGCAGGCGUGCGCGGGCUGUCGGGCUCCGCCGGAAGCGGCGCCAGCCUGGCGGGACUCGCCGGCACACGUCUGCCGGCGCCGAGGCCACCUUCCCCGAGCCCGGGAGUAUGUGCUGAAGGGUCACACAUUUGUUGCCCUCCUCUCUGACCAUCGGAGCUCAAAUGGCUACAGCGUCCCUUCCACCGGCUCCUGAGGAGACAGAGGGGCUCUUCAGAGUAAACGACAAAAAAUGGCCUGCCAAGGUUCAGGCAUCCGGCCCACAGUGGAGCAGCCCAAACAACCAGGAGGUAUUCCGCCAGCGCUUCCGGCAGUUCUGCUACCAGGAUUCCCCCGGGCCCCGCGAGGCGCUGCACCAGCUCCGGGAGCUGUGCCGCCAGUGGCUGAGCCCAGAAAUACACACCAAGGAGCAGAUCCUGGAGCUGCUGGUGCUGGAGCAGUUCCUGACCAUCCUGCCCGCGGAGCUCCAGGCCUGGGUGCGGGAGCAGCACCCGGAGAGCGGGGAGCAGGCGGUGGCCGCGCUGGAGGAUCUGGAAAAGGAGCUGGAUGAACCAGGCCAGCAGGUUUCAGCCCAGACCUGGGCACAGGAAGUGCUUUCUGAGACAUCGGUGCCUCUGGAUCCAGCUAAGGAAGCAACAUAUCUCCAGCCUCAACCCAUGGAGAUCCAGCCUAAAGAUGAUGUAAUCAGAAUUGAGAAAGGAGAAUCCAUUCAAAAGCAGGAGCUUACCAUAGAUAAGGAAUCUCGAAAAGAGUCAUCUGGCCAAAUCAAUGGAAAAGUCCCUCAAUGUGAAGAAACCCAAGAACAUGAAGGACGGACAAAGAGAUGCUCUUCAACCGAGAGAAGACACAAGUGUGAUGAGUGUGGGAGAAAAUUCACUCAAAAGUCAAGCUUCAUGAGACAUAAGAGAAUCCACACUGGAGACAGACCCUACCCAUGUAAUGUGUGCAGCAGAACGUUCAUCCAGGGUUCACAACUUAUUGACCAUCAGAGAAUACAUAACCAGUUAAAACCGUAUCAGUGUGACGAGUGUGGAAAAGCCUUUUAUUACAGUUCACACCUGGUUCAGCAUCAGAGGACCCACACUGGAGAAAAGCCUUUCCAGUGCGGCGAGUGUGGGAAGGCCUUUCACUACAGCUCUGGCCUUGUUCGGCACCAGAGGACCCACACGGGAGAGAAGCCCUACCAGUGCCACGUGUGCGGAAAGGCUUUCUACCUGAGCUCACACCUGAUCCAGCACCAGCGGGUGCACACUGGGGAGAAGCCGUACCGGUGCAGCGAGUGUGGGAAAAGCUUCAGCCAGAGCUCGGGCCUCUUCCAUCACCACAGGAUCCACAGCGGGGAGAAGCCCUAUGAGUGUGACAAGUGUGGAAAGGCCUUCAGCCACAGCUCGGCGCUCGUUGGGCACCAGCGAAUCCACAGUGGGGAGAGGCCGUAUGAGUGUGAUGUGUGCGGGAAGGCGUUCAGUUACAGCUCGCAUCUUCUGGGACACCGAAGGAUCCACACUGGGGAGAAGCCCUAUGAGUGCAACGUGUGCGGGAAAGCUUUCCGGCGGAGCUCACACCGCAGAGAAGUCCUGGUGACUCAGCAGUGGUGCAGACUUGUCCAUCCUGCUGGCUCCUGCCACGCCUCAGGGAAGGACAACCCCGUGACGGAGAAGUCAGGCAUUCUGCUUCCGAGAGACCGGCCUGGAAUCCGCCCCAGGGACGACUGUCCUCCAGCACGGUCCAGAAUGGCCGCAGCCCUGGGCCCCGAGGAGCCAAGAGGACUUGGAGUAGUGAAGGCGGGAGACCGUUACCGGGAACGGGACUCCGGCCCCCGCAAGAGGGAAGUCUUCCGGCAGCACUUCCGGAGGCUCUGCUACCGGGAUGCCCCCGGGCCCAGGGAGGCCCUCACCCGGCUGCGGGAGCUGUGCCGCCGGUGGCUGAGGCCGGAGUGCCACACCAAGGAGCAGAUUUUAGACCUGCUGGUGCUGGAGCAGUUUCUGAGCAUUCUUCCCAGGGACCUGCAGCGCUGGGUGCGGGCGCACCGUCCGAGCUCUGGGGAGGAGGCGGUGAGCGUCCUGGAGGAUCUGGAGCGGGAGCUGGAUGAGCCUCGGAAGCAGGUCCCAGCCAAUUCAGAAAGACAGGACACGCUCUUGGACACGUUGCCCCCAUUGGGGAGGCCCCAUGAGUCACUGACUGCCCAGCUCCAUCCCAAGAAGCUCCACGAGGAGCAGGACCUGGGGGACCCCCGGAGGAAUGAUGAUGAAAGCAGAACUAAGAAUGAAGUGUUGUCCCAGGAGGAAGAUACGCCCAAGGACACACAAUUCCUUGGCAAGACAAAUGACAGACUUGACAGGGACAUUGCUCAGCCUCCCGGGUCCAGAGAUGCUGGUGGGAGCAGGGGCGGAGUGGAGUGGCCGCAGAGGGGAAGAAGGCGCUACGCGUGUGAGGACUGCGGGAAGGGCUUCGGCCACAGCUCAGACCUCAGCAAGCACAGGAGGACUCACACUGGAGAGAAACCCUACAAGUGCGGCGAGUGUGGGAAAGCCUUCAUCCAGCGCUCACAUCUCCUCGGACACCACAGAGUGCACACUGGAGUGAAGCCCUAUAAGUGUGAGGAGUGCGGGAAGGAUUUUAGCGGCCGCACGGGCCUCGUUCAGCAUCAGAGAAUCCACACGGGUGAAAAGCCCUACGAGUGUGAGGAGUGCGGGAGGCCCUUCCGUGUGAGCUCGGCCCUUAUCCGGCAUCAGAGGAUUCACACAGCAGAGUCACGGCAUAAAUGUGACGAAUGUGGGAAGAGCUUUGCUCAGAGCUCAGGCCUUGUUCGCCACUGGAGAAUCCACACUGGGGAGAAACCCUAUCAAUGUAACGUGUGUGGGAAAGCCUUCAGUUAUAGGUCAGCCCUUCUGUCCCAUCAGGAUAUCCACAACAAAGUAAAGCGCUAUCACUGUAAGGAAUGUGGCAAAGCCUUCAGUCAAAACACAGGCCUCAUCCUGCACCAGAGAAUCCACACUGGGGAGAAGCCGUAUCAGUGCAAUCAGUGUGGGAAGGCUUUCAGUCAGAGUGCGGGCCUCAUUCUGCACCAGAGAAUCCACAGUGGGGAGAGACCCUAUGAAUGUAAUGAGUGUGGGAAAGCUUUCAGUCAUAGCUCUCACCUCAUUGGACAUCAGAGAAUCCACACAGGGGAGAAGCCCUAUGAGUGUGAGGAGUGUGGGAAAACCUUCAGGCGGAGCUCACACCUCAUUGGCCAUCAGAGAAGCCACACUGGGGAGAAACCCUACAAAUGCAAUGAGUGUGGGAGGGCCUUCAGUCAGAAGUCAGGCCUGAUUGAACAUCAGAGAAUCCACACUGGAGAAAGACCCUAUAAAUGUAAAGAAUGUGGGAAAGCCUUCAAUGGGAACACUGGCCUCAUACAGCACCUCAGAAUUCACACAGGGGAGAAGCCCUAUCAAUGUAUUGAGUGUGGGAAAGCCUUUAUUCAGAGGUCAAGUCUCAUUCGGCAUCAGAGAAUCCACAGUGGAGAAAAAUCUGAAUCCUCAGGAGUUUAGGAAAAAACUACAGUCCGAGUUUGGGCAUUAUUCAGCCUUAGCGAAUCCACAUGCUGCUGAGAGGACUUCCAGUGUAAGUAAAAAGGCAGAAACUUUGGCAUCACUACAGCCUGACCCCAGGGUCAGUAUCAGUAGCAAUGGCGGAGUUAGAAUCGCUCUUCGGUAGUUUGGGCUGGGGCCUUGACGCAGGCGGAUCAGCCUGGCCAUCUUGGGGGGCGUCUGUGGAGCAGAGCUCCUGAGGCCUAAUGCGUCCUUUAGAAACGAAAUAGUAUCUGAGCAAGUUGCUGGUGGUGGAGUCACUUAAUUUGUUUGUCGGGUGAGUAGCUGUAGGUUUGAGAGGGGCUCCUCCCGGUUCCUCCGCCUCUUCUGUCUCCUGUGAUCUUCUUCCCCUGGUGGUCUCCCUGCGGGCGCACCUGUCAUCCUGAUCCGACCUGAGGAGCAGACUCCCUGUGAGACUUCUAUUUGUAUUUAGCUUUCUGAGAACCUAGUUUUAGGGAAAUUUUUACAGACACAAUGUAUUUAUGCUUCAGUGUGCGUGUUAUUUUAUUCCAACGUUCCUGAUAGUGGAAAACCGUAUUCCCACGCAAACUCAGAAUGCUAUAUUUUUAACAGCACUCCAGCAUUUUUCUUCAUAUAUCACCUUCACUGACUCCCCUGAGUCAUUGAGCGUCCAUACGUGUCCUUCACCACCCCCACCCCCAGCACCUGUGUCGGCAAAAGAAGUGAUGUGUGUGGGCGUGAAGCAGAGAAGCUUUAUAAAUGCACAGCGGUGACCUGUCACAUACCUCACCUCACGGUUCCUCACUCUUCCGAAUUCUGGUGUGCUUCAUCCGUAAACCAGCGGAGGCGCAAUAUUGACUCUUGAUCACCGGGCACAGUCUUCUUUGAGGCUUUCCAUAUACCAGGGGAUAUUCUAGAAAGUUAGCGACGCUGUUUUAAGCAACGUGCCGGAGCCUGUGCAUCUGAACACGAUCUGCCCUUUAGGUUCGGUGGUCCGGGUCGCUCCAGAAGUGCUACCACUCCUCCCGACGUUUGGAAGACGUUUACUCUGGAAUCACCUCUCGUUUUUCACCGUUACCCACGUGUUCGCCAGACCUGGAAUUGAGUCACUUUUGGCUUUUUUCCCCCAAAGUCAGCUUCCAAAACAGGAAUUGAUUCCAUUAAUCCUAUUCGGAAGAACAUGCUGUACGUUCUAGAGACAACGCCAGGAGGAUUUGCACCACCUCACUGUUCUGAACAAGGGACAGCACUUGCUAAUCACGUUGAUUUGUGAUUGGUGUUUUUAAAAGCCAGUCAUAAAAUCUUUCAUUGUAAAGGUC